AUGGAUGAGACUUAUCCAAAAUUAGUAUCCUGUAAGCCUUUAAAAACUGAAUUUCAACAUUUAAGGGAAAUAAAUUUAGCCUCUGAUGAAUUUACUAUUGGGCGAGGUUUGAAUAACAUGACCGUCAUUCCAUUUUUGUCUAUUUCAAGAAAUCAUUGUAAGUUUCAAAAAUGUGAAAAUGAUUGGAUCAUUAACGACAAUAGCACUUUUGGUAUCAUAAUAAACGGUAAGAGAUUGGGUAAAGGUAAUAACAGAAUCUUAAACGAUGGCGAUAUUAUUGAACUCGAUCCUACAAAAGAAUUUGUGUAUAAUUUUAACAACACAGACGAUGACUUUUUACCCUCACCAAGAAAACGCAUUAAAUUAGAACCCAAUACAUGCACUAAUCUCAUAAGCAAUGUAAAGAUAAAAUUUGAAGAGUCCCAAAACUGUGAAAUGAAACGCAUUGAAGACAAAAUAGAGAAUACAAAACAAAUGAAAACUACAAAUCUGCUAUUAAAAGAACAGCUUGAAACUGAAAUGAAAAGAAAAAUUAAUAUAUUGGAAAGUGAAUUUUCAAGUCAAAUAAAUAACUUGAAAGGUGAGAAAGAUGAAGUACAGAAACAAAAGGCACAACUCAUAGAAGAAAGGGAAACACAAUUAACAAAUCUAAAAAAUGCUAUGAAUGAAAAACUGGAAGAUUUAAAGGAACAAAUAAAAAAACACAAUGAAAGUGAAAUGAAACUCGUCAAGGAAAAUAAAAUACUUAAAGAAAAGCUAAAAAAAGAGAGAGAGGAGUUUCUUUUAGAAUUAAAUCGGGAGUCUUCAUCGAAACAGGAGAUGUUGAAAAAAUUAACGAUAAAAAUGAGAGAACAAGAAGAGUUACGGACUAAAGAAAAAAAGCAAUUCCAGGAACUACUUGAAAAAGAAACGGAAUCAUUAAAACUUGCAAAAGAAAAGGAGCUGAGUGAAUUGACCGAGGAGAAGAGGAAAAAGGAAUUGGAACUAAUAACUGAACUGAACAAUAUCAAGGGUUCUUUGGAAAAACAGGUUGAGUUGACAGAAUUACAAAAGAGGGAAGCAUUACAAAAACUAAACGACCAAAUGGAAGAAAUGAAAAAAAUUAAAAAUGAGGAUCAAAUUAAAAUGGAACAGUUGAAAAAUGAGAGGGAGGAAAUUCAAAAGCAAUUGAAAGAGGCUCAACAAAAUGCGGUCGAAUCUAUUGAAAAAUUGAAGACUAGAGUGACAGAAAGGGAAAUAGAGUUGGCAGCUUUAGCAGCGGAAAGAAUUCAAAAACAAGCGGAACAAUCUACUGAAGUUAUAAACUCAUUGCAGGAACAAUUAGAGAGAGUUCGAAAUCAACUUCACAAUGUAGAAAAUGAGAACAAGAAACUUCUAGAACAUAAUACAUCACCGGAAAGUAAGGAAGGUUGUUCUAAAGACACUAUCACAGAAUUUGGUGAAAUAAUGGAAAGUGAAUUACAGUGUAGCAUAUGUGCUGAACUAUUUGUUCAGGCUACAACACUUAAUUGUUCGCAUACAUUUUGCAAAUAUUGCAUUACCAUGUGGAAAAAGAAAAAAAAGGAAUGUCCAAUAUGCCGUGCACCAAUUACAUCAGAGUGUAAAAGUUUAGUUCUAGACUCAUUUAUAGAGAAGAUGUUGUUGAGUUUAUCAGAAGAAAUGAAACAGAAAAGGAGCAAUUUACUCAAAAGUCGCGAUGAGCUUGAAUCUGAACUGGCGCGUCAAGAUCAUUCGAAAAGAUACCGAAGAAAUUCGUAUGAGCACGAAGAGGAAAGCGACUCCUUCGAGGAAGAGGAGGAGGAGGACGACGACUUCUUCGACUACGGCUCGCUCAGCGACCAUACCUAUUCCAACAGUGGAUCUGACUGGCAGGAGUUCGAUGGUGAUUCAACAGGUGGAUCUUCUUUAAGUAAUACUAAUCACGUGCCAGGAAUACCAGGAUCUUUCUACGGAGGAUACGGUAGAUGUUAUCGUUGUGGCGCCUUCGGACACUGGGCACCCGGUUGUCCGAACAGAUUAUAA